UACAGUAGAUUGGAUUGGAAUUUCAGUCACUAUAGCUUCAUGAAGUCGUCAGUCUGGGAGGUUGCCGCUUGGGGACUGAAGCUGUCAAACUGACGUCAACAGAGAAUGAUCGCCAGUCAGAACGCAAGCAAAUGGUCAGACUUUGAUUGAGUUGACUUUUUUAGUGGAUUAACUUGCACAGCUUAAUUGUUAAUUUGGUAUAUGCCUAUUAAGUCUAACAAAUUUUCAAAUACUGCUCUAAAACAUACCUAAAGGUUACUAGAAAAAAAGACUAGAGAGCUGAAAAGCUGUAAUGCAGAUUCCACUCUUUACUGUUGAUGCUUUUACUAGUUUACCUUUUAAAGGUAAUCCUGCUGCAGUUUGUCUUUUAGAGAAUGAUCUGCAAGAUGAUAUUAAACAGAGCAUUGCUGCAGAGAUGAAUUUAUCAGAGACGGCUUUCAUCACAAAACACAACUCUGUGGACUUUUCCUCAGGUUCAAGAUUUGGAUUACGUUGGUUUAGCCCAAAAAAUGAGGUUGCCCUAUGUGGACAUGCAACACUGGCCUCUGCAGCAGUGCUCUUUUACCUUAAAAAAAAUGCCAACCCUGUUGUGGUAUUUGAGACUAGGAGUGGAGAGCUUUAUGUGCGUCAACAUGAAGACUCAAUAAUAAUGGACCUCCCUUUAAAUAAACCACAGCUGCAGGAUCAACAAAAAAUCAAGGAUCUUCUGAAGGUGGUUGUAGGAGAUUUACCCAUUGAUGACGUGUGCUUCAGUCCACCCAUGAAAUGCCUGAUGAUUUGUCUGGCUGACUCAUGUGACAGGUCUGAACUUACAUCAUUGAGUCCUGUAGCAGAAGCUCUAAUUAAAAGUGAAACUACAGGGAAAAUUAAAGCCGUCAUUGUCACAAUAAAAGGAGCUCCAAAUGCCCAGCCUGGAUAUGACUUCUACUCCCGUGUCUUUGCUCCUUGGUUUGGAGUCCCAGAAGAUCCAGUGUGUGGGUCUGCACACACAAUUCUCGCUGGAUACUGGUCUGAAAAGCUGAAUAAAAAGAAAAUGUUCGCUUACCAGUGCUCCUGUCGUGGAGGGGAGCUGGAGCUGGAAGUGAGAGAUGAUGGUCGAGUAAACAUCAGUGGUCGGGCACAAAUCAUUCUUCGGGGAACUUUUCAAAUCUAGUCAAGUCGCACAAACCUACUCAUUGAAUCUGUUUAUAGUUGUAAAGAUGGCUAAAUCUCUCCAUAAUAUCAGACCCUGAGAACUGUUAUGGAAUUCUAUGCAGCAAGACCAGUAGAAUUGUCAUGCAAUAAAACAAUAAACUUUCUAAUCUGAAAAGAAGAUCAGCUAGGAAACCAGUUGUUCAACUCGAUCUCGAUCACCCAUUCUGAACCCCUCCCCCCUCUCUCUGCCCUUUACUUCACCUUCUCCACCAGAGUAGGUGAUGUCCAAGUUUUUAAUAUGGUGUAUCUUAUGGAUCUAUACUUUUUCCUUUCAUGUUUGCUAUCAUUUUAAAUGUGUGAUUUUGUUAAAGUGGUCUUAAUUUUACAAUAGUCACUUGUUUCUGUCGAUCUGGGUUUUGGCUUUGAUACGAUCUCUGCCAGAUACUCCACUCCAGAUUAAACAGACCAGACAAGGGUUUUUGUGAAGUUUAAUUGUCUUGAAUUCAUGAUCUUUUGUACUGAGUUGAGUAUUUAAGGGAAAGGUGCACAUUUUGGGAUUUUGUUGCCAGGAUAUUUCAUUUCAGUGUGUGAGUCUCUGAGCUCUGCAUCAAGACUUAUAUCCAGCAACAUAUUUCUACAUGGUCAGGUAUCCAUCUCUAACUCUCUAUCUUUUUUGAGUAAAUGAUGUUGUACAUUUCUGAAUCUGCUUUUUAUUUUUUGAUUCUGUAAUUGGCAUGAUAAUUGACACUUUUACUUCAAAAUAAAGUGUUAGGUUUUGAUCAA